AUGGUAUACACGUCGCCCUCGGUGGUCAUCGACAACGGCCUGUACAAGACCCGGGCGGGGUUCCUGCUGGAGGAUAUCCCCCUGGUGGUGUUCAAUUCGAACUACGUCGUCGACAACGGCACCGUGCUCUUUGGCGAUGACAACAUCAACGCCCACCCGCAAGCUGAGGUGAUGACGGUGAUGGACAACGGCGUCAUCUACGACUUCGAACGCAUCGUCCACAACUGGGAGUACGUGUACAACACCAUCGACAACGGGUCCGGGGUCAAGCCCAACGAGUACCCGUUGGUGUUGACGGAGCCUUGCUGGAACACCACCAAGGACCGGCUCCGCACGUGUCAAAUCGUGUUUGAACAAUUCCAGGUGCCGUUAUUCUCGUUGAUCAAGACCCCGCUAAGCCAGCUUUACCACGCCGGCAAGCUGACGGGGUUGGUGAUCGACAUCGGCUCCAGCGUGGCCCUGGUGACGCCCAUUUUGGACGGCAUCAUCCAGACCAAGAGCGCAUUCCACUCAAAGUACGCGGGCGACUUUUUGAACCUUCACUUAUCGGCUUACUUGGACACCAAGUGUCCGUUGGACUCGUUGUUGCCGGCGAAAUACUCGACGGCAUCGCCUUCGUUCAAGCAAUACUACGUGCUGCACCACCUCCUCCAGGACUACAAGAUGUUGUCAAUUUCGUCGUUAUACAACCUGCAACCCCUCAACUACUUGCAGUUGCCGCUGGGUGACCACAUCGCCGUCAAUGAUGCCCCCAACGUGCUACAAAACUUGUUCCAACCGGGUGUAAUGCAAGUGCCGGGAGUGGAGAUUCCUCAGCCUCUGGUGGAUAAGCCUCACACCCACGGGCUCACCAACUUGGUGUUCCUUUGCCUUAAGCUGUUGGAGUCGGCUAUGUUGCCUCUGGAUAACACUCAGGGAAGCGCCAAGUUCGCCCGGUUCAACGAGACCUUCAAGACGUUGCUCGCCAACGUCUUAGUCACUGGCGGUACCUCAUUGGCCCCGGGGCUCAGCGAGCAAAUCCUCAACGAUAUCCGGGCCCUUACCCCGCAAUACUUCCCCAAUUACGGUAUCAGUCCCUAUGCCAUCAACCUGGUGUCUCCUAACCAGGCCAACGACAUCAACGACACUUGGGAACGCCAGUUCAGUGCCUGGUUAGGCGCGUCGAACUUGGCGCUGAUGUUGAACGACCGUAAUGAAGAAUCUAACCUGGUCAACAUCGCCAUGGAAAACUGGUUUGUCACCAAGGCCGACUACGAAGAGAUGGGUGAAGACUUCAUCGUCGAGAGAUUUAAGUAA